AACAGGAGAUGAAGCAGUUAAAUAGCAAAGCAAGACAGGAGGGACAGAGAAUUAAAGGUUUUACAGACAGCCCUCAUUUCAGUGAUCACUUGAAUGACAGUCGAUUAGGGGCCCACGAAGGCUUGUCCCCAACACCUUUCAUGAACUCAAAUCUGAUGGGAAAAACAUCAGAAAGGGGCUCGUUUUCCCUGUACAGCAGAGAUACUGGAUUACCAGGAUGUCAGUCUAGUCUUCUGAGACAAGAUCUAGGCCUUGGGAGCCCAGCACAGUUAUCUUCUUCAGGAAAACCUGGGACACCAUACUACUCAUUCUCUGCCACAAGUUCCAGAAGAAGACCACUCCAUGACUCUGCAGCACUUGAUCCUUUGCAAGCAAAGAAGGUUAGAAAGGUGCCUCCUGGGUUGCCUUCUUCUGUAUACGCUCCAUCCCCAAAUUCAGAUGAUUUCAACCGUGAAUCUCCUAGUUAUCCAUCUCCCAAGCCACCAACCAGUAUGUUUGCUAGCACUUUCUUUAUGCAAGAUGGGACCCACAAUUCUUCUGACCUUUGGAGUUCAUCAAAUGGGAUGAGCCAGCCUGGUUUUGGUGGAAUUCUGGGGACCUCCACUUCCCACAUGUCUCAAUCCAGUAGUUAUGGCAGCCUUCACUCACAUGACCGCUUGAGUUAUCCCCCACACUCAGUUUCACCAACAGACAUAAACACAAGUCUUCCACCAAUGUCCAGCUUCCAUCGUGGCAGUACAAGCAGUUCACCUUACGUCGCUGCCUCACACACUCCUCCAAUCAAUGGAUCAGAUAGCAUUCUAGGAACCAGGGGAAAUGGUGCUGGGAGCUCCCAGACCGGUGAUGCACUUGGAAAGGCUUUAGCAUCUAUUUAUUCUCCUGAUCAUACCAGCAGUAGUUUUCCAUCAAAUCCAUCAACACCAGUUGGAUCACCCUCACCUCUCACAGGUACCAGCCAGUGGCCCAGACCUGGAGGGCAAGCUCCUUCAUCUCCUAGCUAUGAAAACUCACUCCACUCCUUGAAAAAUCGAGUUGAGCAGCAACUUCACGAGCAUUUGCAAGAUGCAAUGUCCUUCUUAAAGGAUGUCUGUGAGCAAUCUCGAAUGGAGGACCGUUUAGACAGACUAGAUGAUGCUAUCCAUGUGUUGCGAAACCACGCUGUGGGACCUUCCACCAGUUUGCCUGCUGGUCACAGUGAUAUACACAGUUUAUUGGGACCAUCACAUAAUGCACCCAUUGCAAGCCUCAAUUCAAACUAUGGUGGAUCAAGCCUUGUUACAAGCAGUAGAUCUGCUUCAAUGGUUGGCACUCAUCGAGAAGAUUCUGUCAGUCUUAAUGGCAAUCAUUCUGUGCUCUCUAGUACAGUCACUGCUUCAAGCACAGACUUAAAUCAUAAAACACAAGAAAAUUAUAGAGGUGGCUUGCAAAGUCAGUCUGGAACUGUUGUUCCAACAGAAAUCAAGACUGAAAACAAAGAGAAAGAUGAAAACCUUCAUGAACCCCCUUCAUCAGAUGACAUGAAGUCAGAUGAUGAAUCAUCCCAGAAGGAUAUCAAGGUUUCAUCUAGAGGCAGAACAAGCAGUACUAAUGAAGAUGAGGAUUUGAACCCAGAACAGAAGAUAGAAAGGGAGAAAGAAAGGCGGAUGGCUAACAAUGCCAGAGAACGCUUGCGUGUGCGGGAUAUUAAUGAGGCAUUCAAAGAGCUUGGUCGAAUGUGUCAGCUUCACUUAAAGAGUGAAAAACCCCAAACAAAGCUCCUUAUUCUUCAUCAGGCCGUGGCAGUCAUCCUUAGUCUAGAACAGCAAGUCCGAGAGAGGAACCUUAACCCCAAAGCAGCCUGCCUUAAGAGAAGGGAAGAAGAAAAAGUUUCUGCCGUAUCGGCAGAGCCACCAACCACGCUGCCAGGAACCCUUCCUGGGCUUAGUGAAACUACCAACCCUAUGGGUCAUAUGUAAACAUCAGCCAGUUCAGAGUUACCAAUAGGCUAGAUAGAAGGUGACCUCUCCUCAUAAGGACUUGGACAACUCAGAUUAUCUGAAGACACAAACCUAGUAGGAGGGAGAAGAAAAAAGAAAACACUUGAAGUAAGAAACUCAAAUGUAAUCCUACGAUCAAAGCAACUGGUCAGCACUUCCAUCAGAAGUGAAGAUAGGACACUCAUCAGAUAGAACGUCAGCCCACAAGAUGUUUGCGACAUAACAUUUUGUUGCAAGCAGUGUGUCGCUUCUGCACAAUCAGAGACUGUCUUGAUCUCUCCACUCACAGUGGAAGUUGCCUUGUGCCUAAACUGAAUUGACAAAUGCAUUGUAACUACAAAUUUUAUUUAUUGUUAUGGAACUGUAAGGUCUACAUAUAAAGGGAAAAAGUUAAUGUGGAAAGCUGAUCUACACUCAGCUGAUGCCAGCAUUCAUAAAGAUGUUCACAUACAGAGAACAAAGCAGUGACAACCAUUGGCCCUUAGCAUUCCUGGCAUACCUAAUUAGUGUCUUAAAAAGGAAGGGAAAAGUCUUUUGUUGCCCUCUCCUAUCCUUUUGCCAUAUGAAUAGUGUUUUCCAUAAAAUAGGAAAAUAUUACUUAGUAGAGCAUUUCUCUCAUUUUUUUUAUUUCAUUUUUAUUUUCUCUUUGUGGGUGUUAUAUUUGGUUUCUGAAUCUGAAUAGUUUGUGGUCACAGUCCAGAAUCCUUCACAUAGCCCACUGUACUUUGCGUAUUUACCUUACAAAGAUCAGCAGAGACCAUCUGUGACCAGAGCCUAGCUGAGAUUUUAAAAGGGGAAAUUUUGUUCCCACAUUUUCCCCAAAAUAAACAUUGCUUUAUUUCUAGUAACAACCAAGACUUUCAAGCUUCUAGGUCUCAUAGUAAAAUUUAUAAUAGCAAGAAGUGUAAAUUGCAAAGAAAGAAUCUACUUUUUAGAAAUUGCUUUGUUUUCCAUGCAACAAGUACUACAUAUAGUAGUAGUACUACAUAUAGUACUUGUAAAGUGUUAGCUGUAAGUAAGCACAAACUGGAUUUAAAAUACAAAGAGGAGUUCAGGCUAUGAUUAUAAUGAACGUAAAGUAACAAAAGGCAAGUGGUCACCAAGGCAGGUAGAGUGAUAAAUCACCAUACUACCCUGAGGCUAAUCAUCUAAUGGAAUACAAGAGCAAUGGUCACCCUUGUUUCCUUAUCCUAGCCUUUAUUACUCUGUCCUUGGGAUCGUAGGUCAGUGGGGAGGAAUUCAGUGGAUGAUUUAAUCAACCGCAAACCAUCUGCCCUUGUCCCAAGAAGAUGAGCCAGAUUAGCAUUAAACCAGUACUUGGUCAGUCCAUCUUCAUACUGUGCAUUAAGGCACCCUCUGUCUCUAAUCCUUAAGAGUUAUUUUUUAAGAUAUAGUAAUCACUUUGAACUUCCAUGAAAUCUGUCUUCCAGCACAAUAACCCUGGAAGAGAAAAACAUGCUAAACAAAGGUUGUCUUGGCUUGAUAAUUCCUUAUAGCCACUAUCAACAAUGGCAAUCAGCACACAGAAGAAAGGACCCAAAUCACUAUGUAACUUAGAGAUUUCUGUUAAUUUAAAAGAACAAAAAUAAAUAAGAUAAAACUUCACAUCCUCCAAUCAGGAUGAUUCCUAACAAAUCAGUCUUUUGUAAGCUUAGUGGACUUUUUGGUUACUUUAAUUUGCAUACAUUCUCCAAUUACAUCAGACUCUAUCUGUGGCCUUGUUCUUCAUUUCAGUGUUAAUCAGCUAAACAGAAGUUGUUGCUUAUGAUGUGUGAGUGAACAUAUGCCACUGCCUGGCCUUUUUUCUUCAGAGCUUGUUGUCUUUUUCGCUAUAUUAGACUUUGCAGUAUGCCCAGAAGCUUUCCUUCAUAAAAUAGAAAGAAAAAAACAUUUGGCUUAUUUUUCACUGUAGCUAGUCUUUUAUACAAUAAUCUUGUAAGAAAAUUUCUUGAAUUCUAAAUAUUACUCUUUCUAGAUUUUUGAAAUCGAAAAGUUUUCAGUAAAAAGUUUCUUACUUUAUUUUAUUAUAUUAGGUAGUAAAAAUGUAGGGUUAUUUACCAUAACCUGUUCAUUAAUAUCAGAAAUUUACAAUAGCAUUUUAAGACCAUAGUAGGAUUCUAGCAUACCGUGUAGUACCUAUGGAGUAUUGUAAGAGCUAAUUGUCCGAGAUGAAUUGCUUCUCAUCUUGUUCUCCAGUUCCCAUUGUUGGUUUAUUGCAGAUUUGUAUCCUGUGUCAAAUUCAAGGUAUUAUUGAUAAACCUUUUCAACCAGCAGCAAGAAGUUCAAAGUUUUUUCUGUCACUGUAACAGAAAACACAAUAUGUAUAUAACAUUUAUGUAGCAAUAAAUGUGCCAUCUUUUUUUAACAUAGUAAACUAGUGAGUUUUUUACAUUCCUCUCUCAGAGUAGCUUAUUUUUCCUUUUCUCCAUCUAAGAAAUGCCUGCCCCUUGCAUUUCUUCUCUUCCAGCCACCCCUCCCCAACUUUAUUGCUAUAUAAUUGACAUAUAACAUUAUAUAAGUUUAUAAGGUGUACCAGUAACAAUAUGACCUAUAUUGUGAAAUGAUUGCCCCAGUAAGGUCAGUUAACACAUUUAUCACCUUCACAUGUUGAAAAGUUUUAAUGCCCACGCUGCUUUUCACAUUAUCUAAGAUGUUAUCUGAGAACCAGUCAGGACAGAAUCGGGCUUGUAGAACUGAAUGGAUAAUCCAAGCUAUAGCUUUUCUUGCUUGUUUUUUUUUUUUUUUUUCUCCUCUUGUCCUCUCUACUGACAGUGACCUUUUAGCCUUUCCCCUGAAGAUUGACCAAACGGUGAUGUAGUAGUUAAAAGUCUACUCAUUUGCAGAUCUUGAAAAGAUUCAAAUGGACUUUUCAAAUUAAUGUUCUUCAAACCACUUUUUUGUGUUUUAUGUCCCUUUUCUCUCUCCUCUUACACACAUAAAGCCUGCGUCAUAAUUAGAGAAUGGUAUUUACUGUUUUCCUAUAGAAAAGUUCUGCUUUCAUCCCAGUUUUCACACACACCCACCCUUCUCCCCAUGACCACCAAAAGUUUGCGCAGUGAUUAUCCCUGGAGCAAGAGCCUGAAGUUCAUCUGCAGGGCCUGUCUGAUAUGCAUGGUUAUUUUUGGGAUCCUGACAAAUUGCUUCUCUUGGCGAAUUAUGAAAUGUUCAGACUGGGAGCCCAACAGAUCAUUUUACUUCAUGUGGGAUUCGGUUUUAAAAAAUGUUUCGUUUCUCUAUACAAAAUGAUAAGCUCAAGUAUGAAACUAUCUGCAGCCACUGCAG